UGUGUGUGUUUUAAAUGUAUGUGCGCUCCUCCUACCCUCACUCCGCUCCGUGGAAGUCACAGCUUAUUAUUUUGUGUUGAUCCGUUACCCGCUGGGGAGAGAGACGCUCCGGGAUCCACGACGCACAAACUCACCGUGAGAGAAUGACCGGCGUAGAGAGAAUAUUCGACGAGCUCGGACAUUUCAAAAGGUUUCAGGCAUGUCUGUACUUUGCAGCCGUCUUACAGGCCGUAGCCUGUGGGAUCCACUACCUGGCCUCUGUCUUCUUAGUGCAGACGCCAAACUUUGUGUGCAGUGGGCCCGGCAACAUCACAGAUAUUCUAUAUGGUAACCUGACGGCGUCUAGCCUGGAGGACAUCUUGCCGAUCUUCAAGGCGGGGACUGGGCCCUUGGUGGUGAGGACGGCCGAAGGAGAGCAGUGGGAGCUCAGCCGCUGCCACUACGCCCAUCGCAUCAACCCACAAUACUUUACCUACGACUUUAAUGGCAACAAAACAGUGAAACUGUGCAGUGGGAACUUUGUUUACGACCACACUGAAAUUCACCAGAGCAUAGUGACGGACUGGGACUUGGUGUGCGAGAGAGAGUGGCUGGCCAAGCUGUGUCAGCCAACCUUCAUGCUGGGGGUGCUGAUUGGAGCACUGCUGUUCGGGGACAUUGCUGACAGAAUUGGUCGCGUGAGGAUCCUGAUGUUCACCAGCCUCUUUCAGUUUGGACUCGGGGUGUCUGUAGCGUUCUCUGGAAACUAUUAUAUAUUUGUGGUGCUCCGCUUCCUCCUUGCCAUGGUGUCCAGCGGCUACCUCGUGGUGGUGUUUGUCUACGUCACCGAGUUCACUGGGAGCAAGGUUCGCACAUGGACCUCUAUGCACGUGCACGCGGCCUUUGCUGUCGGCAUCAUGGUGGUGGCUCUGACCGGUUACCUGGUACGGGUCUGGUGGAUCUACCAGAUCAUCCUCUCCAUAUGCACCUCGCCCUUCUUGCUCUUCUGCUGGAAGUUCCCGGAAACGCCCUUUUACUUGAUGGCCAAGGGUCGUUACAAGGACGCUCAAUCCCUGGUGGACACGAUAGCCCGCUUCAAUGGCCUUGAUUGCAGGCUGAAAGUGCACGAGCUCCUGGAGCCAGACGAGAUAGAGAAUGGCAAAGCUCUGCAGGAGGAGGCAGAGGAGCGGCCAUCGCCGUCCGAGAAGAAGCUGUCCAUCCUGGAUCUGUUCGGCAGCUGGAGGAUGGCGGGCCGCACGUGCACAGUGUGGGCCAUCUGGUUCAUUGGCAGCCUGGGCUACUACGUCUUCUCUUUGGGCUCUGUCAACCUAGGAGGAAACCAGUACAUGAACCUCUUCCUAGCUGGUGCAGUGGAGCUCCCCUCUUAUCUGGUUGGCUGUUUUGCAAUGGAUCGGAUUGGCAGGAAGAAGACUUGUGCCCCAGCUCUGCUCCUGGCCGGGGUCGCCUGUAUGCUCAUCAUUGUGGUACCUGCUGACAUUGAUGCCCUGGCCAUCGCUCUGUGUAUGACGGGGAAGUUUGCCAUUGCCAUUGCCUUUGGUCUCAUCUACCUGUACACCUGUGAGCUUUACCCAACCAUUAUCAGGUCUCUGGCAGUGGGUAGUGGCAGCAUGAUGUGCCGUGUUGGCAGUGUGGUGGCUCCCUUCUGUGUGUACCUGGCUGAUUUCUGGAUCUACCUACCUCAGCUCAUCGUGGGAAUCCUGGCAUUUGUUAUUGGAUUGCUGACAUUGUUCUUGCCUGAGACCCUGGGAAAACCUCUAACAACCACUUUGGAAGAGGCUGAAGCUCUGGGACGCGAGCCCAGCAAGAAGAACUCAACCCCGGGCAUUAAAGAUGCUGAGGACACGUUGGAGAUGAAACAACAUGAAGCCAAGGCCUGAGUUGGAAAACCAGAGAGGUUGACGCACAUAGCAGCUUUGUUGGGGAAAAAUAAAAGAAAGAAUUAGAGGAAACGAUGGCUUCCAAAAACUGAAGUAGUAACACCAUUGAUUGAGUGGAUUCUUGAAAAAAAAUGGGAAAAAACACUUUAAAUAAGAUGUUUGUUGACAUUUUAUUUCUUUAAGGGUGACCAACAGAAAAAUAAUUUAAGGGUGCUGCGACAAAAAUGCAAAAAACAAAGUCGUACUAAACUGGAAUUAUCCUUUAAAAAAAGGAGUGAGCACGUCAUAUAUGCACUGUGAUUUAGUUACCUCUCUGAAACAGUAAUCAUAUGUGGUUCUGCAUCUCUUUCUGGAACAUAACAUAUUUAUUCAUAUUGAUUAAACACACAAUGAAAGAUAUCUAAUUCCCAUGAUCCAAACAAUAUAGUGUUUUACUCUAACAAAGAAGUGCCUUAUUUCUCAUUUUUAAAAGCUUUUUUAUUAUGUUCAAUUAUAUUUUGUUCUUUUUAAAUCUCAGGGCAUCCACUUUUGGAUAUCACUGUGAAAUGAUCAUAAAUGUACCUUUUACUUUUACACUCAGUUGCAUCUUGUUUAAGAUGCCAUUUCUCAGCUUUAACUUUGUUAUCUAAUGUGAGCGUGUUUGUGUGCAUGUAUUAGUAAGUACAAUAGUUGGUGUUCUACAUGCUUAUUCUGUGUAUGCAAUCUAGGUGUUGGACAUACUGCAUAAGAGUAAUACUACAUUACAGUAUGUUCUUAAGUCAAGAUGUGAUCUCCAGAUGUUUGGACCAAAGACAGAAAUGAACCAUAACUGUGCAGAAGUAAUCACCUGCUUUGAAAAAUUUGUAGUUUACUACUAUCAUGUUUUUGUUUCAUAUCAAACAGGUGUGUUGCUUUAAUCUGAAAACAAUAAAUCAUGACAAUCAACUUAUAUGACAAGACAUUUGAUCCUCAGGUGAUGAAAGUGCUCAGGUUCAGUCUUCAGUUCUGAACAGUUUUACUAUUGACAGUAUACAUGUUUUAUAUGAAGUUUCUUUGUUUUGAUUGGACUAAUAAAAAAUCCUCU